AGGAAGGAGAAUAAAAGUAUUGACUUCUCCCAUGUUGGUCACUCUUUAGUGUUCAUUUUUGCAACACAAACUCCUCACUCUGCAGCUCUCUGGCAACUUUCACAGCAGCUCUCUUCUCUCUCACUCACUCCCAAUCCUGCCUGCCCACAACUUUUGACAGGACUGACUUUCAAGUCUUGUUGACAGUUUGUCCUUUGAAGUCAAGUGUGUGAUGCAACAAAGCCGCAGUGAGAUGGAGCAGCUGUGGGAAGACUGGACCACAGUCCCUGACCAGGUCUACAGCAACCCCAAGGUAACACUGCUGAUGAACAGCAGAGUGGGUCAGUACCUGAGUGGACGCCCGGUGUUAGCUCUGGCCGUGGUCUUCUUCGGUGUCAUGGCUGUGGUUCCUGUGGGACUCUUCCUCGUCUUCGCUGUGACCACCACCAUCAUGUCGGCGGUCAGCCUGCUGUUGUUGGAGGGGUUCCUGCUGAGUGUGGCGGCCAUCACUCUGCUCUGCGUCCUCUCCGGCCUGGCCUUCUUCUCCGUGAUGGUCUCAGCCAUCUCUGCAGCCUUCUACCUCACAGUCUCCAGUCUGCUCUACUUCUACCAAACCUCACAGCUGACCAAGCAGGAAGUCAAGGAGGAGGAGAACGAGGAGGAAAUCUUGACAAAGGACGAGAUGAAAUAAUUCAAGUGGGGAAAAACCCUGCCGAUGUACAACACUGCUGAUGUACAACACUGCUGAUGUACAACACUGCUGAUGUACAACACUGCUGAUGUACAACACUGCUGAUGUACAACACUGCCGAUGUACAACACUGCUGAUGUACAACACUGCCGAUGUACAACACUGUUUUCACAUUAUCUUACAGCACAAUAUGCUCAAAUAUUUAUUCUUUUAUGAAAUAAGGAAUGUAUGUAUUUAUUGUUACAACAAUUGAACAGAAUCUAUUAGGGGUGUAACGGUAGGUGUAUUUGUAUUGAACCGUUUCGGUAUGGGGGUUUCGGUUCAGUUCGGAGGUGUACCGAAAGAGUUUCCACACGGACAUAUUAGGUAGCGUACCGCACGUUGUGUAAACAUUACACACUGAGGCAACACACUAGCAGCAACCGGGCUAGGAUAGACUGACCACACCUCCUCUUUUCACCAGACAUGUCCUCUUUUGCGGGGCUGUCCGGGUGGAGUUUCUUAAAUGCCUCAAAUGUCAAGCAUUUUAAGUUAGGGUUGCGUGUAUUUUCAAUGUACGUUCAGGGUUAAGAACGAAUUAAAAACAAAACAAAUUGUGCACGCAGCAGCAUUGGUGAGGGAGGGGAAGAGGCAGAGAGAGCAAGAGAGUCAUGAUAGACGUGCAUGUGUCGCCAGGCUCUGCUUUUUAACCAUAGAUUUAUCAGAUUUAAUUUUAUCCAUAGCAGGGGUGUCAAAGUAUGGCCCAGAAGCCAUUUACGCCCCAAGGCACAUUCUAAAAAUACUAUUAAAAUAAACAAAAACAUACCAAAAGUGGGAUAAAAAAGCUUAAAAGGCUAAAUGUAAUUUAGAAAAAGUUGCAACAUUGACUAAUAAAGCAAAUAUGUUUUUUUUUUCUUUGUGUCAUUGCUCAAAACAUAAUAAUGAAUCAGAAUCAAUAUUCCCAUUACUUCACAUCAAAUAUUCCACUAAGAAAAAUAUUUUUGGUGAAAGAUUUUGCAAAUGUGGUAAACAAAUAACCAAAAAAUGUAUAUUUUGUUGUUUUCUUACUGUACCGAAAAUGAAAUGAACCCAGCCUCUGGACCGAGGUACGCACCAAACCGAAUUUUUGUGUCCCGUUACACCCCUAAAAUGUACGUUAAUGAUGGUGAAAUGAGGUCAUAUCAAAUGCAACAUAAAAGCUGUUACAAAUGUGAUGUUUGCAACCUUGUAAAGAUUUGAAUAAAAUAGAUCCUGUUUUGUUGGA